AUGCAAGCACACACCACGCAGCCGAGGAGGUGGUGGUGUGUCGCGGAGCCAGCGGAAAGAGCUCCGGACUGCGGCAAAGCAUCCGGAGCCUUCCCACCUCCGACGGGCGCUGGAGGUGCGCAGGCACCAAGCCCCCGCUCCACCUCGCUUACCUCCCCGCUCUCCCCUCCCCGGACUCUCCCCGGACUCUCCGCCUGGCGCCCUCCACUGCUUGGCGCCCUGGCUUGCCGCGCCACUACGCCCAAUGGAUACACAGCACUGACCUAUGAUGACUUUGAAGAUGAAAUCUCCUACCUGUACCCAGAUGAAGAAGGGCCUUUUGAAGAAGAGGACGGCCAAGCCAGUGACUGUGGAGAUACCUACUAUGACUGGGUAGCGCUGCUCUGCUGGCCCAAGUUCCAUGCCUCCAUCAUGGCUGCAGCAGAGAGCAGCCGGUGCCUCUGGGAAACAACUGGCAGCAUGUAUAGCGAGCUGGUCCUCUGCACUGGGUUGCUGGCUGAAGGGAUGGGAUGUCCGGUUGCCAGUCCCACCUUGGACGUCUUCUUCAUGAGAAUCCACGCAGAGUACUUCGCCAACUGCUCCCUACCCAGUGACACCGCAGAGCAUCAUCCACCGACUGGAGUGGUCGUCAUCUUGACCUCCCUGCCGGUCUGUUUGGUGCCCCUCUCCAUCGCCCUUGUCCUCCGGAAGACACGGGGUCCCGAAACUGUACUGCAAACUCCCCUGCGGUGGGCAAAAGUUAGGAAGGGAGAGGUCUUGCUAAAUGCUGAGAGGGGGGAGGCAACACUUCUGGGCAACUGA